GGAGACCAGAAACUUGGGCAGGGAAGGUCAAGCUCGGUGCAUAGCAUUUGGGACUCAGCCAGAAGUCUCGACAGACCAAAUCAAAGAAAUAGUAAUUGGGUUGGAGAAAUCUGGGGUGGAUUUUUUUCAGGGUGAUUACAAAAAGUGAGGCAGAAUUGGGACAAGGGUUUGAAGAGAGGGUGAAAGAGAGAGGGAUUGUAGUGAGAGAUUGGGUUAAUCAGAGGGAGAUAUCGGAGCAUGAAGGUGUACAAGGGUUUUUGAGUCACUGUGGAUGGAAUUCAGUGUUGGAGAGCAUAUGCUUAUGAUGGCAGAGCAGCCUUUGAAUUCAAAAAUGGUUGUGGCGGAGAUAAAGGUGGGUUUGAGACUGAAGAGUACAAGUGAUGGGUAUGUGACUUGGGAGGGGUUGGAGAAGAUGAUGAAGGAGUUGAUGGAGGGAGAGAUGGGGAAGAAUGUGAAGGUGAUUGCAGUUCCAGAUAUGUCCAAGAAGGCUAUGGAGGAGAAUAGUGGGUGUUCAUGGAAGACCUUGGAUUUGCUCAUUCAGCAGCUCUGUGACUAUCCAGAUAAGGCCAUAGAGGUUCUGAAUUGAUGAGGCCAUAUCAGUCUGAUGAGACUGGAUGCAGUCUUGAUUUUCAAUUUCAUUCAGCUUCAGAGAAUUCAAGUUGUAGAGAAGGAAAUUGGGGUGGAUUUCUGCGUAAGAACUGCUGUGGAUCAGGAUUCAAGGAAUACCUCUACGCGCUGGGCCAGCUUGCGAAUCAAACAGGAAAUAUAUUUGUGAAUUCCAGCGAAAGUCAUAAGUGUUUGGCAUCAUCGAAGGAAUUUACUCAUCGUGUUUCCGGUUGUGGGAUCGAAAAGCUAAAAAGCGGUUCCGGGGGUUGUUCUGAUUUCUCUGUAGAUGAUGUUACCAGUAAGUUUGGGAUUGAAUUAAUAAGUUUAAAGGAAAAUUGCAAUCUGACUAGUAGUACUGAUGGAGACUGGGAUCAGUCGUGUGGUUCGUGCCUGAAGAGUUGGGAAGACAUAAGUGGAAGAGGUUUGCUUUCUGUUGACGAUCCUGCCAAGGAUGAACUUGACGUCUGCAGGUUCACAGUGCUUGUGACAGUAACAAGUAGUAGGAUUGCAGAUAAGGAGUAUGUGCAAACAGUUUAUAAAUGCCUUGGGCAGCAAAAUAACAACACCGGUAACGAGAACCAAGAACCAGAGGGGGAAGCUAAGAAUAAGUCCAAUUCUGGAAAGAUUUUAAUAGGAUGCAUCACUGGGGUUGUAGUGUUACUGAUCAUUGUCAUGUAUAUCAUGUUCAAAAGAUGCUACAAAUCAAAUGAUCCACCCAAAAAACAUGCAUUUAAGGAUGUGCGACUGAACGAGGCUGGUUGUCCAAAAUUUUCAAUUAAGGAGAUUUAUUCUGCCACAAACAAUCUAAAUGACCAAAAUUUCAUCGGAGAAGGAACUGCCGGGAAGGUGUAUAAAGGGGUAUUAUCACAUAAACAGGAGGUUGCAAUCAAGCAUAUCGUCAAUGAUGUAAAUGUAGAAACUUUUUUCAGAGAAAUUACAAGCUUAUCACAUGUCAGACACCCCAACCUUGUUCCAUUGCUAGGUUACUGCCUUAGAGAAGAUGAAUGUUUCCUCUUGUACGAGCUAUGUCCCAAUGGAAAUCUGUCAGAGUGGCUUUUUGGGAAGGAUAAGAAACUAUCCUGGACUCAAAGGCUUGAGAUUGCAAUUGAUAGUGCUAGAGGUCUCUGGUUCCUCCAUACGUAUACUGAAGGUUGCAUCGUUCAUCGAGAUAUAAAGCCAACAAACAUUCUUCUGGGGCCAAAUUUUGAGGCCAAGCUUUCAGACUUUGGAUUGUCUAAAGUUAUUGAUUUGGGGGAAACCCAUGUGAGCUCAGAAGUAAGAGGAACAUUCGGUUAUGUUGAUCCUGAGUACCAAUGCAACCGCCAAGUGACUUCGUUCGGUGAUGUUUACAGCUUUGGAAUAGUACUUCUACAAAUUCUUUCAGGGAGAAAAGUUAUCAAUUUAAACCUGAAGAACCCAAUGCCACUGAAUAAAAUGGCAAAGGCACUUACACGAGGAGGAAGCAUAGAAGAAUUUGCUGAUCCCAAGCUCGACGGCCAGUACUCAGCAGAAGCAUUUGAUCUCAUUCUUCAUCUGGCUCUGUCAUGCACAGCUCCUAAGCAAGAUCGACCGGCAAUGGCACAAGUGUUUGUAAAAAUAGAAGAGGCCCUUGAGCUGUCAACAAGGGAAACAGCCCCCAUUCCUGAGCCUUCAACUCUGUGAUGGAGAAAGUUUUGAGUUCAUUCAUACAGACUAAUAGACUAUUAGGGGUUAGUGACUGUAGGACAUGUAAGAUUAGGCUUCCAUGUUUUGUACUUGUUUUUUUAUGAGGAAUAUUUGCUCUCAAAGUUGGUUCUUGGCAACAGCUUGUAUAAUAUAUUUUGUUUUUCAGUAACUGAGUAACAUACAGUAUAUUUGAACUUUUAGAA